AUGUCCGAUUCGAACCAGUCGCUGAUAUUCAGUUUUGCAUUCUACCACCAUGUGAAAUAUUUAGGUGACUGUUCACCCAGUAAGCACCUCAAUAUGUACGGGAAAAACGACGCUGUCCCACUGGACCUUAGCCUCGUCGGAUCUAUCACAUUUUCAGCCGUGGGGUUCAUCCUCAACCUUCUUGCACUCAUGAUAUUUUGUGCAAGUGAAAAUGGAUGCUUCCUCAAUCUACGUAACAUUGUUUCGCAAGCGACAGUUUCAGACUCUACUGGCAAGAAGGAAAGCAGCCAACCCUCAAGUCAGACCAUAUUGAGCAGUCGAGCUUCUGGAGCCCCCAAGAAUUCGGUUACUCUGAGUCUGUUGUUGCUUAGUUUGUGCGAGUGUGUGUUUACCCUAUCAAAAUUACUGUUUGAUUUAUUAACGAUCAUCGGAAACCAUACGAUUACUAACACAAGCACAAAACUCACUAUCCAGACAGUUUCUGUGUUACAAAAUCUGAUAUUCUUCUUUGCAGACGUUGGCAUCUUAUGUAGGAACUGGUGUGUGCUGCUGAUUACCAUUGCAAGAGCAGAGGUUGUGCUUUGGCCCCUUGGAGCAAAAGGACGACAGCGUGUUCUCCGGAGCCGUCGUAAGUUUAUGAUUGCCUUUUCCCUGGUUGUGGCUGCCGCCGUAAUCCUGGCGUACAUUAAACACACAGACAUGGUUGGUCUACUUUGCUAUGACAAGGCACUAAAAAAAUAUGCACUGUGGUCAGAACAUUUUUUCAUGGACAGACAAACAAGAACAAUGUUUGAUGCAUUAUUCUUCUUUCCAGUUCAGGGCAUAAUUGUGUGGAUCCUGAUAUUUAUUUUCACGAUAAUAAUCGUGUGUCGACUGAAACCUUGGAGGCGUGAAAUCGAACACCUCUUCGAUGAGAGCAUUUCCAGGGAUGGAGCUACAUCGGUCCAGUCCGUACAACUAGACGCCAUGAAAAGACGCCAAAAAAGUCAAAUUCGUGCCACUCGUGUUGUGGUUACAAUCGUGUUGGUAUUUUUGCUAUUGGAGCUGUUCAACUGUAUCGCCACAAUAUUAGAAGUUGCAGAGGUUAUUAUCAGAGACAGCCAGGAAGGUAUCAACAUCAACCAGGCUGGAAACACCCUAGUUGCGAUUGACUCCGUUUGCAACUUCUUCAUAUUCAUCCUCACGUUAAAACAGUUCCGAAUCGCAUGCAAACAACUAUUUUGCAAAUCGUGUACAAAGCGGCAAUCGGAACGCCCAGUUGUCACCAAGACAACUUCAGACACGAGUGCUCAGGCUGUCAAUUCAAGCUCCUUGCCAGUUUCCGAAGCAGUAUCCAUUAAACUCGACCUUGAAUAG